AUGGCUCCUGGUGUUUCAAAUGAGAAGAAAACUGAUGAUGAACAGUCUACAAAAGAGAAUUUUAUCCAUCUCUGUAACCCUCACCUGGAGAAAAUGAAAGAAGACAUCCUGUACCAUUUUGCUCUUGGGACUGGUACCCAUGAUUUUCCGGCAUUGUUUGGAGAUGUAAAGUUUGUAUGUGUUGGAGGAAGUCCUUCACGGAUGAAAGCUUUUAUCGCCUACAUAGCUGAAGAACUGGGGCUCGGGAGCCCUGGUUGUGACUAUCCCAACAUCUGUGCAGGAACUGACCGUUACGCAAUGUACAAAGUGGGACCUGUUUUGUCAGUCAGUCAUGGUAUGGGCAUUCCUUCUAUUUCAAUCAUGUUGCACGAGCUGAUCAAACUAUUGUAUCAUGCCAAGUGUUCCAACAUAACCAUUAUUCGCAUUGGCACCUCUGGUGGAAUAGGUCUGGAGCCAGGUUCAGUGGUUAUAACUAGGCAGUCUGUAGAUGCCACCUUCAAACCUCAGUUUGAACAAGUAAUUCUGGGAAAGACUGUAAUUCGCAGCACAAACCUAGACGAACAGCUGGCUAAGGAACUGAUGCAGUGCAGUAAAGAAAUCGGUCAGUUCAAUACAGUCAUUGGAAACACUAUGUGCACUUUGGAUUUCUAUGAAGGACAGGGCAGGUUGGAUGGCGCAAUCUGCUUAUAUAAUGAAGAAGAGAAAUUGCAAUAUUUGAAGGAAGCUUAUGAUUCUGGCGUCAGAAACAUAGAGAUGGAGUCUUCUGUAUUUGCUGCAAUGUGUAAUCUUAGCGGUGUCAAAGCUGCUGUAGUGUGUGUCACUCUUCUGAAUCGGCUUGAAGGGGAUCAGAUUAGUAGCUCACAUGAUGUACUUGUGGAGUAUCAGCAGAGACCACAGAAGUUAGUGGGAUAUUUCAUUAAGAAAAGUCUUGGGAAAGUAUGAAAUAGCUAUCUUUGUUUUAUAGAAGUAGAAGUCUUUUACAUAGCUGAAGCCAUGGCCAUGACUUCUGUGCAUUAAAUGUCUUUUGCCUUAGAAUAGCUUACAGCAUUCUGUGUGUCUGUGGAAGUUAAUAAUUUAUGUCACUCUGCUUUGGGAACUGAAUGUGCUGAAUGGACUUCAGUUACGUUUUGCUUAGUUUUGAAUUGCUGGAUAUAAGAUUCACUUUUCUGUGAAUUGGAGAGUGGAACCUGUUGUGAAGGACAAGCCUGCUGUAAUAUAUGAAAAAGUUUUAUUUAUCCCUGCUGUGAAAGAAAAACUAGGAAGAAAAUAAAACUUUAUUGCCACGUAUUUAAAAACCACCAAAUUAAAAUUAAUUUAAGAAUGCUAAUCCCUUUCUCAUUGUCUUAAAAAAUUAUAUAAAUUAUA